AUGCCCUCCGGUGUGGAAGGCGGAGUGCUGGCUGACUAUGUAGCCGCUCUCGUUACGGUCGACGAUACGGAUGCAAACGUGCAGCGUACCUUGAUCGAGUCACUGCAAGACUUUCUUGGCCCGGAAAACACCGAGCCUUUUGCAAAAGACGUUAUUGCAGCACUCAAGGCUAAGAGCUAUCUCCCGAAGCCGAAAGCGAACGACGCGAAACCACAAGCAUCGUCUCAAGCCUCACAAUCCGCGCCCAUACAGUCCAUAGUUGGCAGCACGAACUUCGAAUACGAACCGCAUCCGUCGAACGUGCCAUUUGGGGCCCCGAAAGGUCCUGCCGCCAACAGGAACUCAGCAGCAUCACAUCUCCUACCCGACCGACCGACCGCUCAGGGCUUAUAUCAGGAUGGUUCGAAUCAGUCGAGGAAGCGCAAGGUGUUGGAGAGGGACAACAGUCAGUCGCAAGAGGGCCAGGAUCCACAUUAUACCCGCAGCGGCGCAGGAGUCAACAGGCCGUCGAAGCAGACAGCUCGCAGAGGCGGUAGGAAUGCGGGGACUGGAGAUGCGCGGACACAGAACGCGUUCGCGAGUUUUGGCGGUAUGCCGAAUUUCACAAAUCUUCCGCCGCCGCCGCCGCCGCCGGGCCCUCUACCGUUCGAUACCUCAGAUCCCAUGGCUUUCUUUGCUAUGGCAGCAGCCUUCGGGGCGAAUCUGCCGGGCAUGCCUCAGCUUCCUUUCUCCGAUGCGCAAGACGGUGGCCCGAACCAAGGACAGCCAAAGACAAAGUGUGCUGAUUACUAUGAAAGGGGUUUCUGCGCGCUUGGUACCCUUUGUCCACACGAACAUAGCGACGCUGCCGUAGCCGUUUCGCCCGACGAAAUCCCCGAGUACGAUCCGGAGCAGUCAUUUCUUGCUGUACAGCCAUCUAGAGGAUUCAACAAGCAAGGAGCGUCCGGUAGCCAGCCUCGUGCAACCAAGGGUAGAAGGGCACGCGCAUCGUUCUCUUUGCCGGGCUACUCGCGUGACAAGUUGAAUAGGACUCUUGUCGUCGAGCAGAUCCCAGCGGAGCAUUUCAACGAGGGCAGCAUACGGAGCUACUUCUCAGAGUUUGGUGACAUCGAUGAGCUCGAACUACACUCUAGGAGGCAGUUAGCAGUGAUCAAGUUUGCUGAUCGCCAGACCGCUAGGCGUGCUUAUCAUAGUCCCAAAGCCGUCUUUGAGAAUCGGUUCGUCAAGGUCUACUGGUACGCACCAGAAACAAAGGAAAAGUUGGCUCAGGAGAAGCAAGAAGACGAAGAGGAGAAGCUCGACCUAGAGGCGAUCGCCAUUAGGCAGGCAGAAGCUCAGAAAGCGUUUGAGGAGCGCCGUCGCAAGGCUGCGGAAGCAGACGCGAGAGCUGCUGACAUAGAGAGACAGCUGGAAGAAAAGAACAAGGAGAUAGAAGAGAUUAAGCGACAACUUGCUGAACUGUCAGGGGACCCGAACGACGACUUCGCCCAAACUCUUGCCACGCUACAGGCCGAAGCAGCAGAACUUUUCGAUCAACAUGGUCCUGGUGAGCAGGAGACACAUGGCCGUGGCGCCUUCAAUCCAGCUUACCGAGGUCGAGGAUACGCUCCCUUUGCACCUCGGGGUAGGGGCUUUGGACCUUACCGGGGCGCGUACAGGGGCCGUGCAGGUGGUUAUGCUGGUCGAAGUGUAGUGAAUAAGAAGCUCGACAACCGGCCUAGGCGUCUGGCAGUCACCCAGAUCCAGCCAGAUACACCGAGGGAUGAGUCUCUGCGGCAGCACCUUCUCAACAUACCCGAAUGCACAAAUAUUGAGCGUCACCCCGAGCAAGCCGACACCCUCAUCCUAACCUUCAAAGAGCGCUACCAAGCAGAAACUUUCCUUGACCAAUCCCUCAAUAUCCCCGACGUUGGCAAACUCGAUCUCGCAUGGGUUCCAAACGACGCCUUUGGUGGUCUCAAAUCCGUGACGACGACGGAUGAUGCACCCACAGCUCCUCACGACGAUGAUGGUGAUGACUCUUCCGCUACUAUCGGAGAGCAGGAGAUCAAGGUUGAAGAAGAUGAGGAUCGGCAGAUGGGAGGUGUGGAUGCGGAUAUGGAUGUUGCGGAUGAUGUGGAUGAGUGGCUGUAA